AUGUCAAAAUAUCCCUUCCUUGAUCCACCAGAGAAUGCUGCACCUGGAAAUAGGACCUCAAAUGGAAACACCAAAACAGAUGAGGCUGAAAGUACAAUGUCCAUGGUUGCUCAAUUUCUUGAGCAGCUUCAUGGAAACAUCUCUUCAUCGCAUGAAAAAGAAGUUAUCACAACACGAUUGCUUGCCAUUGCUAAAGCAAGAAAGGAAGCACGUGGUAUCAUCGGUUCACAUUCUCAAGCAAUGCCAUUGUUCAUAUCCAUCCUUAGAAACGGUAACCCAUUGGCAAAACUAAAUGUUGCUGCAACAUUGACUGCUCUGUGUAAAGAUGAAGACUUAAGACUAAAGGUUCUUCUAGGUGGAUGCAUUCCACCACUUCUGUCACUACUUAAAUCAGAGUCAACCGAAGCCAAAAAGGCAGCAGCUGAAGCCAUCUAUGAAGUUUCUUCAGGUGGUCUUUCAGAGGACCAUGUGGGUAUGAAGAUAUUUGUUACAGAAGGUGUAGUUCCAACUCUGUGGGAACAGCUAACUUCCAAGAACAGACAGGACAAAGUGGUUGUAGGGUUUGUCACUGGGGCUCUAAGAAACCUUUGUGGUGACAAAGAUGGAUACUGGAGAGUUACUCUUGAGGCGGGUGGAGUAGAUAUUAUUGUUGGGCUGCUUUCUUCCAACAAUGCUGCUAUUCAGUCCAAUGCUGCUUCUCUUUUGGCUCGUUUGAUGCUCGCCUUCAACAAUAGCAUGCAAAAAAUCAUGGAUUCUGGAGCAAUUGAGGCUUUACUUGGACUCUUGAAUCAAAAAAAUGAUAUCCCUGUUAGGUGUAGUGCUGCGGAUGCUCUGGAGGCUCUUUCAUCAAGGUCAGCCAAAGCAAAGGAAGCUAUUGUUGAUGCCAAUGGUGUUGCCAUUCUGAUUGGUGCUGUGGUUGCUCCAUCCAAGGAGUGUAUGCAGGGAGAAGGAGGCCAAAUACUUCAGGGACAUGCAACACGUGCAUUGGCAAACAUAUGUGGUGGAAUGUCUGCUCUUAUCCUACAUCUAGGAGAGCUUGCUCAGUCUACAUCUGUUGCUGAUAUAAUCGGAGCACUUGCUUACACACUAAUGAUCUUUCAACCAAAUCUUGAAGACGAACCACUUGAUGCAACGAAAAUAGAAAACAUUUUAGUUGCACUUUUGAAACCCCGGGUAAAUAAUUUUAUACUUGAGGCAAUGGCUAGCUUGUAUGGCAAUGAUUGCCUCUCAACAAGUCUUAACCAAUCAGAAGCCAAGAAGGUGUUGAUCGGGCUUAUAACAAUGGCAUCAUCAGAUGUGCAACAGUAUCUGAUAACCUCUCUGAUAAGUUUAUGCUGUGAUGAGGUGGACAUCUGGGAAGCCAUCAGAAAGAGAGAGGGAAUCCAGUUACUUAUAUCUUUUCUAGGUUUAUCAAGUGAAGAACAUCAAGAGUAUGCUGUUUGGCUGCUUGCACUCUUGACGGAUCAAAUAGACGACAGCAAGUGGGCAAUUACUGCUGCUGGUGGUAUUCCGCCACUUGUACAUUUACUAGAAACUGGAUCCGAUAAAGCGAGGGAGGAUGCAGCUUAUGUUCUGUGGAACUUAUGCUGUCACAGUGAGGAUAUCUGUGCAUGUGUUGAAAGUGCUGAAGCUAUUCCUGCUUUCCUAUGGUUCUUGAAAACUGGUGGACCAAAGGGACAAGAAGCCUCAGGUAAGGCACUAAGAAAGCUUAUACGCAAGGCAGAUGCUGCGACUAUUAAUCAGCUACUAGCUCUGCUUUGGGGGGACACCCCAAAAUCAAAAGCCCACAUAAUUGAAGUACUAGGUCAUGUGCUUACCAUGGCAUCACAUUAUGACCUUGUUCAAAAAGGAUCAGAUGCUUAUAAAGGGUUGAGAUCACUUGUUCAGAUUCUUAAUUCUUCAAAUGAGGAAACACAGGAACAUGCAGCUUCUGUCUUGGCUGACCUCUUCAGCAUUCGUCAAGAUAUAUGUGAUAGUCUUGCAACUGAUGAAGUCGUGCAUCCUUGCAUGAAGCUUUUAACAAGCAACACUCAAAUCAUUGCCACUCAAUCAGCUCGGGCCUUGGGUGCUUUGUCCAAGAACAAAAUGUCUUAUAUUGCAGAAGGGGAUGUGAAGCCUCUGAUCAGAUUAGCCAAAACAUCAUCUUCCAUUGAUGCUGCAGAGACUGCUGUAUCUGCAUUAGCAAAUCUUUUGUCUGACUCACAGAUUGCUUCAGAGGCAUUGGGAGAAGAUGUUGUAUCUGCUUUGACAAGAGUGUUGGGAGAAGGAAGUUUGAAAGGUAAGAAAGAUGCAUCGCGUGCACUUCUUCAAUUACUUAAACAUUUCCCAUUAAGCGAUGUUCUCACAAACAGUGGUCAAUUCCAAUUUGCGGUUCUUGCUGUUGUUGAUUCCAUGAAUGAUGGGACUGAUGCAGCCGAAGCUUUAGAAGUACUUUCUUUAUUGGCUAAAACAAAGCAAAAUGUUGACACAACAUACUCCCCAUGGUCUGCCCUUGCUGAAGUUAUCUCAAGGUUACAACCUCUUGUGUGUUUUCUAGCUGAGGGGCCUGCUUCUGUGCAAGAUAAGGCAAUUGAAGUUCUAUCCAGGCUUUGUGGAGAGAAACCUGUUGUUGUAGGUGACUUGUUGGUGUCAAAUUUGAGAGCAAUAGGUGCAUUGGGUAACAGGAUACUGAAAUCUACCAGUCUAGAAGUGAGAGUUGGGGGAAUUUCACUGCUCAUUUGUGGUUUGAAGGAGCACAGAAUGGAAACCAUGGAAGCACUUGAUGCUUCAGGGUACUUAAAAUCUGUUGUGUAUGCAUUGGUAGAUAUCAUAAAACAAAGUUCGGAUUGUUACCCUCUUGAAGUUGAGGUUAGAACUCCAAGGGGUUUGGCUAACAGAACUGGCUUCCAUGAUGGAGGCGAGUUUGAUGUGCUUGAUCCUGGUGCUCUCUUGGGAGGUACAGCUGGCCUGUGGUUGUUAUCAAUUCUUUCUAUGUGUGGUGAGGAAAACAGGCGUAUUGUGGUGGAAGCUGGGGUACUUGAAGUUCUCUCAGACAAGCUAGAGAAAUAUACUUUAAAUUCACAGGCAGAGUUUGAGGACAAUGAGGGCAUAUGGAUAAGUGCUUUGCUAUUGUCAAUAUUGUUUCAAGAUGAAAAUGUGGUGUCAUCAUCAUUAACCAUACGCAUCAUUCCAUUUUUAGCAAAUCUUGUCAAGUCUGAUGAAAUUCUUGACAAGUUCUUCUCUGCUCAAGCCAUGGCUAGUCUUGUAUGUAAUCGAAAUAUCAAAGUAAAUCUUGCAAUUGCAAAUUCAGGUGCAGUUGCUGGCUUAACAACAAUGAUUGGUUACAUAGAAGCAAAUAUGUCAGACCUUUUUGCUAUAUCUGAUGAAUUCUCAUUGUCCCGUAAUCCUGAUCAAAUUGUUUUGGAUAAUCUUUUUGAAAUUGAAGAAGUCAGAAACGGGUCAACAGGUUCCAAAACUAUUCCUCUAUUGGUGGAUCUUUUGAGACCAAUGCCAGAUAGACCAUGUGCCCCUCCUUUUGCUGUUUCCCUUUUGACCUCCAUUGCAGAUGGAAAUGAUGCAAACAAACUUCUCAUUGCUGAAGCUGGAGCACUUGAUGCUUUAACAAAGUAUUUAUCUUUGAGCCCUCAAGAUUCAACCGAGUCUGCCAUUUGUGAACUUCUGAGAGUACUUUACACCAAUCCUGAUCUUCUUCGUUACAAAUCAGCCGUUUAUUCGUUAAAUCAACUGAUAGCUGUUCUUCGUUUGGGAUCAAGAUCUACUAGAUUAAAUGCUGUUAGAGCUCUCAAUCAGUUAUUUAAUGCUAAUGAUUUAAGAGAAUCUGAAUCGGCUCUUCAUGUGAUUCAACCAUUGAUUGAUAUGCUGAAUGCAGCAUCUGAAAGCGAGCAAGAAGCCGCUCUUCUCGCUUUGAUGAAGUUGAUUUCAAACGACACUACAAAAGCAGCUACAGUUGUUGAUUUUAAAGGAAACCCCCUCGAGAGUUUAUGUAGAAUUUUAUCUUCCAGUUGUACAAUAGGAUUAAAAACCCAUGCUGCAGCUUUCUGUUCUGUGCUUUUCGGUAAUUCAGUAAUUCGGGCAUUGCCAGUUGCCUGUACAUUCAUCGAGCCUCUCAUACUCUUAAUGCAAUCUGAUGAUGAUUCAGCAGUGGAGUCUGGUGUUUGUGCUUUUGAGAAACUUUUAGACGAUGAACAAGCAGUGAGUGUUGCAGCAGAUUAUGAUGUCAUCGAUCUUCUUGUCGGUUUGAUUUCUGGAUCAAAUGAUGCUCUCAUCGAGGCCAGUAUUUCAGCACUUAUUAAGCUUGGAAAAGACCAAACUUUAAGAAAGUUAGAUAUGGUAAACUCCGGGGUCAUUGAUAAUUGUCUUGCUUUACUCCCAACUGCCUCAAGUGGUUUAUGUUCCUCAAUCUCUGAACUUUUCAGAAUCUUGACAAACAGCAGUGCGAUUUCAAAAAGCGCAUCCGCUGCUACAAUUGUGGAACCCCUUUUCAUGGUUUUAAAUCGACCCGAUUUUAGUCUGUGGGGACAACACAGUGCUCUUCAAGCACUUGUUAAUGUUUUGGAAAAACCACAAAGCCUUGUGAAUCAUAAAAUCACUCCUAGUCAAGUAAUCCAACCCUUAAUUUCAUACAUUCAAUCACCAUCUCAAGCCAUCCAACAACUCGGCACCGAGUUGCUUUCUCAUUUGCUUGCACAAGAGCACUUUCAACAAGACAUCACAACACAAAAUGCAGUUGUCCCACUCGUUCAGCUUGCAGGAAUUGGAAUCUUGAGUUUACAGCAAACCGCGAUAAAAGCAUUGGAAAGCAUUUCAGUGACAUGGCCAAAUGCGGUUGCUGAUGCUGGCGGGAUUUUUGAGCUUGCAAAAGUUAUUAUACAAGAUGAUCCUCAACCAUCUCAUGAGUUAUGGGAAUCGGCUGCGAUUGUUCUCUCAAAUGUUUUGCACUUUGAUUCUGACUACUACUUCAGAGUUCCUUUAAUUGUUCUUGUGAAGAUGUUGAACUCAAAUGUAGAGUCCACCAUUUCCGUUGCUCUUGAUGCGUUGAUUGUUCAAGAAAAGUCAGACGAAUCAAGCGCGACAUUGAUGACCGAAGCUGGUGCCAUUGAUGCUUUACUUGACUUACUAAGAUCUCACCAGUGUGAGGAAGCUUCCGGAAGAUUACUUGAAGCUUUGUUUAACCAUGUGAAGGUACGCGCAAUGAAGCUUUGUAAACACGCGAUAGGACCUUUAGCACAGUAUCUGUUGGACCCGCAAACUAGAUCGGUGCCAGGUAAGCUUCUUGCGGUUCUUGCUCUUGGUGACCUGGCACAGCAUGAGGGACUAGCGCGUGUUGGUGAUUCUGUUUCUGCGUGUCAGGCGUUGGUGGGGUUGCUUGAAGAUCAAUCGACUGAUGAGAUGAAGUUGGUGACGAUUUGUGCGUUACAGAAUUUUGUUAUGUAUAGUAGAACUAAUAGGCGAGCUGUUGCUGAAGCUGGUGGGAUUUUAAUUAUUCAAGAAUUAUUGUUGUCUCCUAAUUUAGAGGUUGCUGGACAGGCGUCAUUGCUCAUCAAGUUUUUAUUUUCAAAUCACACCCUUCAAGAAUAUGUAUCAAACGAGCUUAUUCGGUCUUUAACAGGUGCUUUAGAUAGAGAAUUAUGGGCAACAGCAACUAUAAACGAAGAGGUUCUGAAGACAAUCCACGUCAUCUUCUCAAACUUCCGGAAACUUCAUGUUUCAGAAGCUGCGACUCUGUGUAUCCCUCAUUUAUUAACAGCUCUUAAAUCCGGCAACGAGGCUGCUCAAGAUGCUGUUUUAAACACAUUAUGUCUGUUGAAACGUUCAUGGGCAGUUAUGCCUAUGGAGACAUCAAAAUCCCAAUUAAUGAUUGCAUCAGAAGCUAUUCCCAUCCUCCAAAUGAUGAUUAAAAGCUGCCCCCCGGAAUUCCAUGAAAGAGCAGAGAGCUUGUUGAAUUGUUUACCUGGUUGUUUGAUCAUUACGGUCAAACGUGCUACCAACUUAAAACGUGUCAUUGGAGGCACAAAUGCUUUCUGUAGACUCAAAAUAGGUCAAGGCCCUUCCCACCAAACAAAGGUUGUGAGUCGCAACACAUCUCCGGAAUGGAAAGAAGGGUUUACAUGGGCUUUUGAUGUCCCUCCAAAAGGACAGAAGUUACACAUCCAAUGCCUUAGCAAAAAUACUUUUGGGAAGACAACCCUGGGGGAAGUGACAAUCCAGAUUGACAAAGUUGUGAGCGAUGGAGUAUACAGUGGGGUUUUUAGCCUUAGGCAUGGGCACAGCAGCAGCAACAAAGAGGGAUCUUCAAGUUCAAGAACACUUGAAAUCGAGAUUACAUGGUCCAACAAGACAUCAGAUGAUAAUAUCACAGAUGAGGGAUCGGUUUUGUAAAACUUGCAAGAUGAAGGUGUAAAAUGUAAAACAAGGGGAUUGUGUUUGUGGUGUACAGUAUAGUACAGUGUGUAGAUGAGAAAUGAGAAGUAGAUAUAAGAUAUGUGUGGAUAAACAUGAUGCCAAAAAGUAGAUAUGGCUUCCAAAAUUCCAAGUGCCUUCACUUGUUAUGUAUACAUAUACAUGCUACAAAAUUUGGCACCUCAUUAAUUAAUCACUCAAAACUGCAUGCACCAACC